AUGAACAUGUUGAACGGAAACCAUCGCGCGCAGGCGCAGUUUGACCGCUCCAAAUGGCGCAUCAUGCUCCUACUCCCGACCUGGGUCCUCCAAUUGGCUCUGUCCAUGACCAUGAUGGGACUCUUUGCUUGGAGACUGGGCGACAGCAUGAAGGUCAACAAGGACGACAACAAGCACAACGAUGAUCCUGCGAUUGAGAUAGCUUGGGAAGCGACCAAUAUCGCCCUAUGGUUCGUCGCCUCGCUGUGCACGUUUGUCGAAAUCGCCAAGUAUUUUGCCGAGGCCUUGACGCCAUGGACGAUGCUCUUUACCCAUGUCAUCAAGUUGACGUGCGCUCUGGCUACCCUUGUUCUCGAUAUUGUCGUGUAUGUGCAGAAGCACGACAAGCACUACUCGCUCGUUGCUCUCGGCCUGGACUGUGGUUUCAUUAUCACUUCUUGCGUUCUCGUCUUCUACUCGAUCCGAAGAUACCGCCGUCUGUCCGCAUACGACGAUUACACCCACCCUGUCAAUGUGAAGCCUUUCGGGUUCAACGAUGAUAUUGAGCGCGACACUUCAUACGCGAGCACCCUGAACGGCGUCCGGCCAUCCAUGGACAAGCACUUUUCAUCAGCAUCUUCACGGUCAAGCAUCGCCUCUUCCAAGCAUGACUCUGUGGAGCUGGGGAAACUGGACCGAACUCCCAGCGUGUACACGCACCAGCGAGACACUCAGUUCGAUGACUAUGUGGCACGACGCGGCUCCCUCAGCAGGACAAACUCGCUCAGCAAGCCUGACCGCGUGGGUAGCGGAGACUUUAGCUGGGCCGGAGGUCAGGUCGGUCCACAGGAGUCGGGAACACUGUCUCCCACACGGCCGAGAGGAGCGAGCACCGGCAGAGCGACCAGCUGGGCUAGUGACCGAGGUCUAGUUGCCGUGCCGGAGGAGGACGACAACGAAGCCGCGGGCAAGGAGUCCAAGGCCGAGAAGGAAAAGAAGGACCGCGAGGCCCUGCUGGGUGAUACCCCGCGCGAGAGCAUCGACGGCAUGAUCGUUCCCCAGGAAGCCGACCUGACGACGGAGCCCAGGUGGCAGCGCGAGUGA